UGACCACAGUCAUGUGAUAGUUUACAGACCAGUGUGAUCUACAUUUACUGCACAUAACGAAAUGGUAGUUUCCUCAUAAUGUUUUACAGUAGAUUAUGCCCGUAAACCGAUAUAAAACGUUGCGGGUUAGUUUGAUUCUUGAUAUCACCGCUUGUAGACGCAGCAGAAAGACCGCGCCGUCCCGUUUCGCCCGGAAUAAACUCGUAGAACAACUACUUACGUAUGAUUAUUCUAUUAACAUUGCAACCUUCACAUUGAUAAAGCCUCCGUUUUUUGAACAGUGAUGUUUGCUCAAGCAAACUGGGUAUGUCUCCUGCUCGCCGCGUUGCUGAUAGCAAUACCAGCAAGCGGGACGCGAUACCAAGCGAACUGGGAGAGUUUGGACGCAAGACCGCUUCCUACAUGGUACGAUGAAGCCAAGUUCGGGAUUUUCGUCCACUGGGGGGUGUUCUCAGUCCCCGGGUUCGAGAGUGAGUGGUUCUGGUGGCAUUGGCAAGGCCAAAACCCACCUGAUCCGAAGUGUGUUAAGUACAUGCUGGAUAACUACCCGCCCGGGUUCAGCUAUCCAGAUUUCGCGCCCCAGUUCCAUGCCCAGUUCUUUGACCCGGAUGACUGGGCUGACAUAUUCGAGGCUUCCGGUGCAAAGUAUGUGGUUCUGACAGCGAAGCACCAUGAAGGAUUCACUACCUGGCCCUCUUCCUACUCGUGGAACUGGAACUCUGUGGACACUGGACCACACAGAGACCUGGUGGGAGACUUGGCAGAGGCCGUACGCAACAGGUCCCUGCACUAUGGACUCUAUAACUCCCUGUAUGAAUGGUUCAACCCCCUCUACCUGGCAGACAAGAAAAACAACUUCACAACACAGGACUUUGUCUUGAAAAAACUGCUGCCUGAGCUUUAUGACAUGGUCCUAAGCUACAAGCCAGAGCUGAUCUGGUCCGAUGGGGACUGGGAAGCUCCUGACACCUACUGGAACUCAACAGAAUUCCUGGCCUGGCUCUACAACGACAGUCCUGUUAAAGAUGUGAUCGUGACCAAUGACAGGUGGGGGGCGGGGUGUUACUGUAAACACGGUGGCUACUAUAACUGUGCAGACAAAUACACCCCUGGGGAGCUGCCCAAACACAAGUGGGAGAAGUGUCAGUCUGUAGACACACAGUCCUGGGGUUACCGCAGGACCAUGAGGCUCUCUGAACUGAUGGAUCUGCCCAGUAUCGUACAGGACCUUGUUCAAACAGUGGCCAUGGGGGGUAACUACCUGCUGAAUGUGGGUCCUACCCCCGACGGCAUGAUCCCCCCAGUGUUUGAGGAGAGGCUGAGGGGUAUCGGGGCCUGGCUGGAGGUCAACGGAGAGGCCAUCUACUCCUCCAAACCCUGGAGGCUCCAGACUGAGAAUGCCACCGUACCUGUCUGGUACACCUCCAAAUACUCCAGUGUGUUUGCUGUCUUCAUGACGAAACCCACUGUGUACACAUUCCACCUGUCUGAACCUAUCACAGCAGAGAGCACCACGGUGACAUUAUUGGGGAACCUAGAGCCUCUGAGAUGGGCUCCUCUUCACCCCCGGGGUCUGAUCAUCCUCCUUCCUGAGUUACCCCCAACCCCGGCCCAGGCCUGGAUCCUCAAACUGGAUGGGGUCAAGUGAUCUGGGGUGAUAACCAGCCUCCUGAAUAGGCCUUUAGCUACUGGUGAGCAGUGAAGGUACUCCACGAGACUAGUUGGAAUGAAAUGAAUACAUUUGCAUUUUAAAAUGUUGGAAGAUUUUUGAGUGUGAUGUGAGUGUGAUGUGAUAUUAGUUGGGCUAACUUUGUGUAAUUGGCGCCAUGUUGACACCAGAUUUCAAUGAUCGAAUAUAAUUCAAUGAUUCAUUUGGGGUGGCAGGGUAGCCUAGUGGUUAGAGGCAGGGUAGCCUAGUGGUUAGAGCGUUGGACUUGUAACCGAA